UGAGGAAUGCUGCUGAAAAAUUAAUACGAAAGUUAUUUCUCCAUCACUUCCACGUAGUUUGUCUAUUCACGGGGCCAGGCGGGCUGGCAGCUGGCGGGCAGGAGACGCGCAGGAGGCGGGCAGCAGGGCGCCGACAGCCCGCUAGUCCGCCCGAGAGAACCAUCCUCUGAACAACACGACCAUGGAGUAAACAUGGCCCACAACAGAAGCUGUUUAUUUGAAGCGCUGGACCGGUCAGAGAGCCAGCGGGAUGGAGGCUUCAAGCACAGCUGGGGCUUCUCUCUCUCCGCUGACGAGGAGACGAGACACGACACCCCGGGGGUAACCAUGGAGGAAAGGGACCGGCUGCAGCACUCCGCCCCAGAGGGCAAGAAGACCCCCCCCUUCAGGCAGUUCUCCUCAGCAGACCACUCGCGGACGUAUGAGAACCGGGCCAGCCAGCACAGCAGGGUGCUGAACAAACUAGGACCCGUCAAGAGGCCCGGCGACAUCCCCCACAUGGUGCCCGUGCCCCCCGCGGGGCCCAACAGAGCCCGCUCCUUCAUCCCCAGCCCCUCCGCGCCCCAGGGCAUGGUGCUGCAGGGCCGGUACUUCCAGCACGCGCACAACGUGGCCGCCGUCAAGCCCGCCCCCAGGAACAACUUCAGCACACAGCCCACGGUGGAGCUCGACCAGAUCAUCCUCACGUGUCCAGACACACAAGACAACGGUCUGAACAUCAAGCGGCGCGUGCAGCAGAAGAGGAAGUCUCUCCUCGAUGAGUGUUGUAGUUUCCCGUCAGCCGAGCCGCUGCGGCCCGGCGCCAGCCCCGCCCGCUGCAUCAAGUGCCACUCCACCGCCCAGGACGCCGCCUGCUGCUCCCACUGCGGCCACCCCCGCACGCCCCUCCCCUCCUGCCAGCACGCGCCGCAGGCCCCGCCCCCCUCGGCCGCGCCCCGCCCCCCCAUCCACCCGCACCACGCCGGCGGCCCCCACAGCCUUUCCGCCAAGAACUUUUACGGGCCGGUGAGGGCCCCCGCGGGCCCCGUGCUGCCGCUGCGGGUCUCCCACGGGGCCCGCGGGGGAGCCCUGUUGGCGCCGCUGAACGGCCGGCCCGCGGGCCCCCCCCCGCUGCCCCCCCCCGGGACCUCGGGCUGCUGCGGCCUCCGUCUGUCCCCCAAGGGGAAGAAGUCCGCCUCGGCCCGCCAGCACGAACUCAACGACCCCAUCGUCCUGUCCAGCGAUGACGAGGAAGAGGACGCGGACAACGCCAGCACCGGCAGCGUGAACCGUCUGGACAGCGUGUCGCCGCGGCCCGCUGACUCCGCCCACUCGUCCCCGGCGCCGUCCGGCGGGCGCGUGGAGGCGGCGGUGAAGAGCCCCGGGGAGUUGGACGAGCUCGCCGCCGACAUGUUCGACGACGUCAACAUGAAUAUCGUGUUGCCACGGAGACCGCGGAAGGACCCGGUCCUCCAGUCCAGCCCCGGGGCGUCUGAGAGCUUCUCCUCGCGGCCCAAGAAGCCCAAGCUGGUCCCUAACAAGUGUGCCAGCAUCAUCCUGCAGUGCCGUAGCGUCCGGGUGGGCACCCUGCGCCGCAUGGUCACCAAGCCCGUCGUGUUCUCCAUCGACCAAAUCCAACUGGAAACCGAUGUGGCAGCGGAGAUGGAGGCCCUGGAGGUGAACCUGCAGGCCUCGGAGCUGAUCAGCUGCGAGUGGUGCAGCGUGAGGAAACUGCCCGUGCUCUUCUUCCAGACCACGCCCGGGGAGUGCCUGCGUCUGCGCUCCCAGCUCGACAUGUCCAGCGAGAAAGGGGGCCAGUGGUACGACUCGGCCGGAGACCAGUCAGAUGAGAAGUACAUCGUGCUGAUCUUCGAGAACGGGCUGACGAUGAACGAGCAGAUGAUCCUGGAGGACAUCCUGGGGGAGAUCGGGCGCGCCAACGGCCUCAGCGACUUCCCCGCCAAGCUGUCCUUCGACGAGGCCAACGUCAGGCUGGUCAACUACAACAAGGCCACCAAGGAGAAGGAGGAGAAGUCCAAGCCGGCCCAGGGCAGCCCCGGGGGGACAGCGGGCAGCGUGACCCGCGUGGCCCCGGUCCGGACGCGGAUGGCCACCCGGCAGCAGGCCGGGGCCUUCUACAACGAGGAGGACGAGGACAUGGCGGAGCUACAGCCCACCUUCUCCGGACCCAUCGUCAAGUUGAUGGUGUACCCCCCUCCCCCCGCUAAAGGAGGCAUCAGCGUGACUAACGAAGACCUCCACUGCCUUAACGACGGGGAGUUCCUCAACGACGUCAUCCUAGACUUUUAUCUCAAAUACCUGGUCCUGGAGCGGUUGAAAAAGGAGGACUCCCAGAGGAGCCACGUGUUCAGCUCCUUCUUCUACAAGCGCCUGAACCAGCGGGAGAGGAGGAACGCUCCGGAGGCCUCCAACCUGCCGAUACAGAAGAGGAAACACAACCGGGUGAAGACGUGGACGCGCCACGUGGACCUCUUCCAGAAGGACUUCAUCUUCGUCCCCAUCAACGAGUCCGCCCACUGGUACCUGGCUGUCAUCUGCUUCCCGGGCCUCCAGGGACCCCAGUUCACGCCCAACCCCUUAUACAAGGCCCCGCCCACAAACCACUCCCACAGCACAGACCCCGCCCCCGGCCCCGCCCCCCGCCCGUCGGAGGAGGGCGUCCCGGACCACUGCCGCCCCAUCACCUCCGACGACUUGUCGGACUCGCCGCCUCGUCCGCUGUCUCACAGUUUCCACGACAACCCCACGUGGGCGUCGCCCCCGGAUGGGGCGUCGACCAAUCAAAGGGCAGCCUUCACCAACGGUGUUCUCCAGCCCCCGCUCCUAGGCCAGGAGGCGGAGCCUGAGCCGCAUUACAACAGUGAGCUCCAGAGGAUCAGUGUGUGUUACGGCCCAGCGAAUGCCAAGGACGACGUGUUCAGCUUCUCCGACGCCAACAGCAGCUGUCCGGAUGAGGGCACUGACGACGGGACGUCCCAGGAGGAGGGCACAACCAGCGACGGGGCCGGCCUGGCCCACAAAUUCACCGUCUGCAAACAGCCUUGUAUCCUCAUCAUGGACUCCCUGAGGGGCCCUGCCCGUUCCACCGUGGUCAAGACGCUGAGAGAGUACCUGGAGGUGGAGUGGGAGGUGAGGAAGGGCACCCCUCGGAGCUUCGGGAAGGAGGUGAUGAAGGGCUCCAGCCCCCGCGUGCCGCAGCAGGACAACUACAGCGACUGCGGCGUCUACGUCCUGCAGUACGUCGAGAGCUUCUUCCAGAACCCCGUCCUCAGCUUCCACCUACCCGUCUCCCUGGACGACUGGUUUCCACAGCAACGCAUGAAGACCAAGCGGGAGGAGAUCCGGGAGCUGAUCCUGAGGAUCCAGUCCCAGCAGGACCUGGAGCGCCGGGACCUGAACCCGGAGCCCCCGGAGCCCCCCGGGUCCCCCGAGGAGGAGCCCGAGGUCGAGGAGACCUCGGGCCCGGUACUACUGCUGCAGCACCACCCCCCGCCUCCUGAGGCCCCCCCACCUCCACCCCCACCCCCACCCGCAACACAACUCCACUUUGUCACGGUCCGAUGAAGCCCCCCACCCACCCAACCAACCAACCAACCAACCCUGGCCCUGAGGCAUGCUGGGAAAUCUAUUCUGAAGAACUCCGGUUCUCGGCGUCUAGCACGGCGACACACACACACACACACACACACACACACACACACACACACACACACACACACACACACACACACACACCACACACACACACACACACACACAUACACACACACACUUGACACAUACAAACACACACACACACUUGACACAUACAAACACACACACGCACACACCAACACCUUGAAGCGUUUGUAUUGAACAGAGUGUAAAUAUGCCCGGUUUCUGUUGGCUGCCUUUGUGUGACUGAUGACGGGGCGAUGGUGUCACCCUGUGAGCCGGUAUGAUCAGUGUUCCCCCCCCCCCCCCCCCCCCCUGGAGAACGGAGGACCGGAAACCAGACCCUGCAGACUUUUGGUUGCGGUCAGGCGUUAUUUAGGCAGAGAAAGGCGGAGGAUUGUUCCAGAAAGAAGUUUCGGCGAAACACGCUCUGAAGUCUGAAGAGAUGUACGGAAAAACGUUCCUGAAAGAUGUUCAGGUACGACGGUCGGUAAUGACAUUCCGGAAUGACGUUCCCGAGACUUUCCGGAAAGGAGUUCCGGAAAUACGUUCCCGAGGAGCUCCGGGGUUGUCCCCGGUCCCAGACCGGCCGAGCGUGAAGCCUCCUCAGCAUUAAACAAACUUCAGCCUUAGCUUCUCAUGUACGCUGCUCUGUAUUUAAUAUUUAUACUUUUAGGUUAUUCUGUUUUGGUUUUCAUUUGUACGUGUUCUGUUGGGUGGAGACGAGGACGCCUCCUCUGAGUUGUAAAGAGUUUCAUUAA